AUGGGAAUAAAGUUCCUCGAAUUCGUCAAGCCGUUUUGCGGCUUUGUGCCGGAGGUGUCGAAGCCGGAAAGGAAGAUCCAGUUCCGAGAGAAAAUGUUAUGGACCGCCAUUACACUCUUCGUGUUCCUCGUGUGCUGUCAGAUCCCACUUUUCGGAAUUAUGUCCACUGAUUCUGCUGAUCCAUUCUACUGGUUGCGAGUUAUUUUGGCGUCUAAUCGAGGUACAUUGAUGGAACUGGGAAUUUCACCCAUUGUUACAUCCGGUUUGAUCAUGCAAUUGCUGGCUGGUGCAAAGAUUAUCGAGGUCGGAGAUACGCCGAAGGAUCGCGCCCUUUUCAACGGAGCGCAGAAAUUGUUCGGUAUGGUGAUCACCGUUGGACAAGCCAUUGUCUACGUGAUGUCUGGUCUUUACGGCGAUCCAGCUGAAAUUGGAGCUGGAAUUUGCUUGCUUAUCGUUGUGCAGCUGGUUAUCGCUGGACUUAUCGUUUUGCUUCUAGAUGAGCUGUUGCAGGCAAGUUAUUUGAGUUGUUUGAGUGUUUGUGGGAUGAGGUUUAGAACUAAAGGUUAUGGUCUCGGGUCCGGAAUCUCUCUUUUCAUCGCUACUAACAUUUGCGAGACCAUCGUCUGGAAAGCGUUUUCGCCUGCAACGAUGAACACAGGUCGAGGAACAGAAUUCGAAGGUGCUGUCAUCGCCCUGUUCCAUUUGCUGGCUACUCGCACAGACAAGGUUCGAGCUCUUCGCGAAGCUUUCUACCGUAACAAUCUGCCAAAUCUGAUGAAUUUGAUGGCUACAUUCGUCGUGUUCGGUGUUGUUAUCUACUUCCAGGGAUUCCGUGUUGAUCUCCCAAUCAAGUCCGCUCGGUAUCGUGGACAGUACAGCAGCUACCCUAUCAAGCUCUUUUACACCUCCAACAUCCCGAUCAUUCUCCAGUCCGCUCUUGUCUCUAACCUCUACGUUAUUUCGCAGGACCCUAUCCACUGCAUUGUCUACAUCGUGUUCAUGCUUGGAUCAUGUGCGUUCUUCUCCAAGACAUGGAUCGAUGUGUCUGGCUCUUCUGCGAAGGACGUAGCCAAGCAACUGAAGGAGCAGCAGAUGGUAAUGCGCGGUCACCGAGAGAAGUCGAUGAUCCACGAGCUCAACCGGUACAUCCCAACGGCAGCCGCUUUUGGUGGUCUGUGCAUUGGAGCCCUUUCCGUAACUGCGGACUUCAUGGGAGCUAUAGGAAGUGGAACUGGUAUUCUUCUCGCUGUCACGAUUAUCUACCAAUAUUUCGAGAUCUUUGUCAAAGAACAGCAAGAAAUGGGAGGCAUGGCUGCCAUGUUCUUCUAA